ACAGUUAACAGUCAUGAUUAUUAAAUCAGAGUUUCUUAUUAAGAAAAAAUAUCUGGUUGACCUGCGUAUUCAGCAUUGAUCAUCUUAUGUGGUUUGUCAAGUAUGACAAUCUGAUACUUAAACAGUGAACUGGAAACCAAACAGAUCUAUUUCACAGGAGUGGUGUGUUUUAAUUCCCAAAGAGAAAAAGCCCUUUGCUCAAAGUAAAGAGAACUGUGUAAAUAUGGUUAGAAACAAAAGAAUGACACCUAGAGCAGGCAGCUGUAUCACCCUUUAGUCACCAUGUGAACACCACCACAAUCUAUGACCAGGCCAUGGCAAAAAUACAUACAAAAUUCUGUAUUUUUGUAUUUUGAAAAUUCUCAGAUUCAAGGAACUCUUCCUUAAGUAUGUUUAGUUACUUUCUUGGUGUUCAGUAACAGAUGAAGCCCACAAUGCAUCAGCAAACAAUCCACCUCGAUGAUCGGACUACAAUGAUGGUGUGUAGAACCUCCAAAAAAAACAAAUAAAAAAUCAUGUCAUAUUUAACACACCAUAGAACAACGAUUGAGAACAUACACAAAGUCUAGAAGAGAUCAAAGAUUAUUAUUCCAAUCACCAAAUGGAGAACAAAUAAAUGAAUAAAAAGCCAACUCAAGUGUGGCUCUAAAAGCUUGUGACACUUUUUUAAAAAAGUCCAGGCAAAUUAGGUAAAAGUAGGCACCAAGCACCAUGAUGUCCAAUCUGCAGCAGCACCUCAUGUAUUGUAUUCUUGUGAUGUCAUCAUGUUGUUUUAAAAAUAUAAUACUGCCCAUCCCUGCCUAUGACAAAAUCACAAACCAUGAAUACAGUAAUUUCAGCAAAGCCAUAUACAACAACAUUAAUUAAGCUGUUAAUUCUUCAUUUAGGAACCCUUUUACUAUCUAUAUAUCAGGCUUUGUGUGCUAGAUAUUCAACUGUCUCGUCUAUUUAUGCUCCACCUGCUGCCCAUUAGCAGGACCGCAGCAAAACAUUUUAAGAGCUGUGUAUGCUCACUAAUGACAUGAUUAGAGCUACACUGGUAAUCUGGCAAUAAACAGGCCGUAAGGUGGCUGUAAAACUGAAAACCACCAACAUGUCUUAUCAUUUAAGAUGAAUUAAUGAUGCUCACAAUGGCAACAAACAGGUGGCUGAGUGACAAUGCUGUUACGACAUUGUAAAUGGUCGUAACAGCAGCUCUUCUGUCUAUUCUAUUGAUCACACAGAAGAGGAUUGUAACGAUUACAUUGCACAGGAGGACACGUCUUUAUCUUAGUGCUGUAAGCACUGUGAAUGCUCUCUAAUUAUAUGAUUUGCUCUAUAGCAUUAACUAGGUAGUAAAUGGGCAGGAAAGUGGUUCUAAGAUUAAGAACCACCAACACAACUGAGAGCUCCAGAUGAGUUUACAGUUCAGGAACUCACUGAGACAAUGGCGAAACGCCAGGUGGCUGCUUUAAAGUGAAGAAGGAAGUCUGCCUAGUUAGAGGGACAUGGUCUUUUUGUGGCACCACAGCUGUUACGAAAUACAAUAUAAAGGAAGAGCUACUGUAAGCAGAAAUGUUCUGUGUGUGCGUGUGCAGUCAUGUUCAUCAGGAGAGGCUAUUUGUCCAAUGUUCUCCACCUGUCACAGCUCCACCCUCCUUUAUACUUGCUCUUGCAAACCUGCUGAGUCCACACGCCUACCCUAAACAGAAUUUCACAAGCAGACACGCAGCAACUCUAACAGCAGACAAAUAUAACAAUGAAGUCAAAAAAAAGCACAACUUCAGUCCACAAUAAUUUUGCAGUCUAUCAGACACAGCUAACUGAAUAAUCUGCCGUUCAGUAAACUAAUUUCAUUUUCAGUAGUUUGUUUUGGGGUUUUUUUAAAUGGCAAAAUGUUAAGCAAAACUAUUUUUUAAUUGCACUCAUUGAAUCUGGAAAUGCACAUUUACUGAUCAAUAUAACAUAUUGCCUUAAAGCAUCAUGUGUCAGGGUUCAAAAGCUGUCUUUUGUAGGCUUGCACACUGUAUACUGUUUACAGUUUUACACUGGAUCAUCACAUCUCUUUCCUCUGUCAUCUAAUAAAUGUGAGUUGUUUGACGGUGCACUUGUCUGCGUGUACAAGUGAACUGUGUGUCAGGUUUAUUGUGGUGAAGAAUAAUACAGAAGGGUGGACUAACGAGCCGGGGAUUGAAGACUAGCUCUGCGUGAGUGUGUGUGCGCACAUGCUCAUGCAGCUGACCAAAUGCAUCCAUGCAUGCGCAUGUGUGUUAAUUCCUGGCCGGCUUGCCAUUGGCUUGCUGUCACUUCCAGUUACUGGUGAUUCCCUUAGAUAUACCCAACUGUGAUGAUGGGACUUUAGUAGAAAGCUGAGAGAAAAGGAAAGGGAGAGCAAGUGAGCGUGAGAAGCGGUGGCAGGCUAGAAAACUCUAUAUGUUCAGCAAAACCCGAUUGUGGUCAUCUCGACAGAGAGGAAUUUUAUGCAAGGACUUAUAGAAAAUGAGAGCUCAAUAAGCAACUGAAGAGAUUCAGUUCAGUGGAGGUUCAGACUCACUAAGACAGGCGCAAAAUCUUUCAACAUGAUGUCCCCCACCGGUGACAACUCAGAGCUGCUGGCAGAGAUCAAAGCAGGAAAGAGCCUCAAGCCCACACCCCACAGUAAAGGCUACACCACUGUCUAUUCCAGCAGUGGACCCACAGGCAACAAUGUAAACUCUACAUCUCCACCAGAGACCCGCACAUCUAGCCCACCUGCCACCAAGCCAUCAUCCCCUCCACCAUCCAGUACACCUUUCACCUCCCCACCCAGCACCCCUAGUCCCAGCGACCCAAGUCCCAGCCCCAGUCCCACUGGCUCUGGAAGUACCAAAAUCAUAUCAACCUCUUCAAGCUAUGAGCGGCUACCCUCUAACUCUGUGAUCAAUGGAAACAGUGGCGGUGGCAAGACAGGAGCAGACUCAGGACGGAAGACAAGCCUUGCAGAUGUGGAGGCACUAGUGCCCACUCACGAUGAACAGGGAAAAGCAAUACCUGAGUGGAAAAGGCAGGUGAUGGUGCGUAAGCUUCAGGUCAAGAUGCAAGAGGAGGAAGACCAUAAACGCAAGUUUGCGGCUAGUGGGCACUACCAACCUCAGGAAUGGCAUUACUCCCACAUCCACAAUGCCAUUUUGGGCCCAUUUGGAGAACUGAUGACAGAGGAUGACCUUAACCGUAUUGAGAAGCAAAUUGAGAACCUGCAGGUCAUGCAUAAGGUCUCAGAAGUUGAAAAGGAGCUGGAAGAUUUAGAGCGUCAGCUUCGCCAACUCCUACCAGUUUCUGCAGCCCUUAAUCAAGGACAGUUCUCAGUUAAUCCAAAGCAAGUACAUGGUCAAGCUGAGGACCUUCCAGCCUGGUGCAGUAAGAUUUCUACACUACUUAAGAGUAUGGCCAUUCUUCUUGCUACCCUGGGGGGAAAAGAGAUCGAUAUCUUGGAUCUUGUAUACUCAGGCAAUUCUCAGCAAGAGGAAAGGAAUUUGAGCAAAGGUCAGUCUGAACUAGCAGGAUCAGCUGCCACUGGAGUUAUGGGACGCUCUCAGUCCUUCUCAACAAGAGAGGAAGUGGAGAAGGAGAUAAAGCAGUGUGGAGUCUCAGUGAAGAACCUCAAAGCCAAUUAUGAAAUUCAGAAUCAGUCACAGUCUGCAGACACAUCAAAUAGAGUAUACAAACGCAAGAGGUCACUCCCUAUGGUAAGUGAGUCUAGUAACCCUCCAGAGACAAUUCAGGACACUGUCCCUUGUUCCUCUGCUACAGUCCUUGAAUGCAAUACAAAUGGAAAUUUACCUACAGUAGAAGAAUCAGUCUCACCAGUAACUGAAGAACCUCUUACCAUUGUAUCUCAUGCUCCUCUGACAUAUGCACCCCAUGAGAUAAUGGCUCCUACUAACAUUGAGCAGUUCAAUCACGUUCUGUCUGCAGACCCAAUUUUAAAUGAUGAUCAACUUACAAGAAGCUUGGAGGUGCAGACAGAUAUAAGUUAUGUCCAAGAAUGCAUCGAAAUGAGAAAAGAGAGAAUUGUUUUCCUGUUCCUUGAACACUGGCGGAAGUACACCAUCUCUGAGUCUUAUCGGACUAAAUAUGCAGGUAAGAGAGAGAAUCAUUUAGAUGUGGGCUUGGAGGACUACAAUCAGUUUAGUGCACAAAUUGGUGGGGAUAUACAGAGUGAAGACGACAAACUUCUACUUUUCAUGAAGUCAAAGCAGGUAGUUGGAAAUCUGAUCGGCCACUGGAGGACAAUCAUGAGUCAAGUGCCCACACGCCAGAUUCGUAGGCUGAGUCGUGCCCAGAUGAUCUACUGGCCAGAACACUUCUUGCCACACAUCAAUGGUUCACCCGUGAGCUAUGAGAGCCUAACCCUCGACCUUUUUAUGCUUGGAUACUUCCAGUUGCUGGAAAUGAACAUGUCUCGCAAUGAGCGCAAAUUUCGCCAUCUCUUGUGCUACGAGAUGUUCGACCGUCUUGGUACCCAUAAAUGGGAGCUCAUAAGGCAGUUCCACAAAGAGGUCAUGGAGGAAAUUGAAAGAGGGAGGCGAGACUGGGUGGAUGGUUUUGAAGACAUAAAGCGCAAGUAUUUUGGUGACUCUGAUGAGGGGGGAGGUGUAAUGACAGCUUCACUACACUGCAUGUCUCCUGAUAUGUCAGUUAUGCCAAUGCAGGAGUCUCUCCCUCCACCACCUUCACACCCUCCACCCCCUCCACCACCAACACAUCCUGCACCCUCACAUCCAAUGUCAACUCCUCCUAUGCAAACUGCCUUACCAACCUCACCAUCAGAUGUUUCCUUAUCACCACCUGCUGCAGCCCAGGAAAGUGAAUCUGAUAAAGGCAUUUCAAAUGAUACAGUGGUUUCUAAUGGGAAAAGUUCAGAGCAGGACCAUAUGCAGAGCGUGACGACUAAAACUGUACAAAACUCUGACGCAACAGCUAAACCUGAGACAACGCAGGACACAAUAGAAAGCUCAGAACUAGAUCCAGUUAGAAAUAUUCCAACUGCUACUGUUGAAGUCAUAGAGGAACCUCAUAUUGAUAAACCAGCUCUAAGAGAUGAACCUAAUGAAGACUCAAUUAAAGUUAUCUAUGAGUUAAAAGAGUUUAGCAAUGAGGAAAUAAUCAGAUACAUUGACAGAAGCUUUGCUUUCUGGAAAGAAAAGGAAGCUGAGCUUUUUGAUAUCUAACAGCUAUGAAUUCAGGGUUACUAAAAGCCUAGUUCACCUGAACAAAGAAAGAGGAAGCAGGACCAGGAAAACCGAUCUGCACUGUGGAUUAUGCUAAAACUAAUCUGGUGUGUUACAUGUAGAGCACAUGAGGGACUUAAGUGCAGCAAAGCAAAGAGCAUCCACUUAGCUAUGCUGCCUUUAUCAUAUGCAUGUACAUUAUUGUAUGAAAAGAUAGCAUGUGAUGUCAGGAGACAGAUUUGCUCCAACCAUUUCAUUUGAUUUUGAAUUGUGUUGAACCAAGUGCUUUUUGAAAUUAUGAUGAUCAAUUGCCAUGGUACACUGCUUCAAGGAGAAUGAGUUUUUAAAGCAAGAGAUUUGCCAUAAGUUGAAGUGUAUUGUGUAUUAAUUAUACUGUCUUUGUUAUGAGGGAUAUAACCAGUUAUACUGAAAACUUUUUUCGAAACAUAAUUAUUAUUUUAAAGUGCACUUUGUUGCAAGACUCGGAACUAAGUCAUGAGUUUAAGGUUAUUAAGUGGUUCAUAAAUGGCCUGUGUAUUCAAGUCUGAUUUGUGGAUACAGUGUCCUACUUAAGUAUCCAUUACAAAGAUUAACAAUGUGGUAAAUGCAAGGCCCUGUUACUUUAACAACUAAUUGAACAACUAAUUCAGAACUUGAAAACUAUAUUUCUGUCAGCCAAAUCACCUGACAAAUGUAUUAUCUGAUUUGAACAUAUUAACAGUUUGUAGUCCAAUUAUAAUUGUGGUGUCUGAGAAAUUUGCUCAAACUUCCAUAAUUUUAUUUGUGUUCUUUUAUUAUUUGAUUUCUACAUUGCUCUUAGAAAUAAAGCUUGACAUUUUUGCGACGAUAGCAAUCAGUAGUUCUUCCCCUACACUAUUCUGCAUUUACUGAAUAUUUCAUUUAUCUGAGUGGCCAUCAGUCUAAUAUUUGAACACAGUUUUUCUUCCAUAGAGAAAACCUAACUAAUCGCCUCAUGUACCGGUGAAACAGCCACAACACCAAGCUCUUUCAUGAGUAAUCCUCCACUGCAACACUUGUAGCUGUCAAGAACCUCACUGUCCCCAUAGUGCAGCCUCUGCUGCAUCAAGAUUACCUUCAAAUAACCCUCUUAGCACCAGGCUUACAUGAGCCAUAAGGAGGUUACAGUGAAUCUUGAUCAACUCUCAGCUAUAAAGAGAGAGAUAGACAGACAGAUUUGUGUUUAUGUACAAUAUGAUAUAUGCACACUAAAGAGUUGAGUCGACAGCAAAGUGUAUAGUCGUUGACAUACUUCUAAAUAAUGAGCAUCAUAAACAUUUAUACAAAUGAUACAUUGUCAAAUUCAUAUUUACUAUGAUAUUGUAUUUUUCUGCCCAGUCCAACACAAUACAUACAAUAUAGAGUCAAAUUUGGUAAUUGUCUGUUUAGAAGUGAUAAAGGUUAGACAUUUCCUACGGCACGAAAAAGAUCUGGUUCACACUGACAUCUUUUAUAUUCAACAGUAAUUCACAAACCUGUUCACUUAUGAUAAAAAAAAAAGGUUGCAGUUUUGAUUCUUGUAGAGUCUAUUCAGUAAUGCAGUUCCCUGCGCUGGACAGUUGUGUGGAUUGAGGUUUUUAAUACUGGGUUACCCAAUACGUGUUAGUAAUGUACGUGUACACAUUGUAAAAAGACAGUGAAGCAAACUGUGAUUUGUGAAUUUGGGCUAUAUGAAUAAAAUUGAUUUGAUUGGACUUUGAUUUGAUAAAUGUUAAGUUAAACGAACAGUACAGUGACAUUGCAGCAAGUUCAAUAUGUCAGUGGUUUGACACAGGCAUUGUGACUUCAGUCAACAUUGGUUUAACUGGUAUUAACAUGGUAGUUCAAUCGACUUUAAACCAAGACAUGUUAGUUAAUUAACAUUAAACAAUUCUGGCAAAUCCGCAAACAAAUUUGUGUUUGGAUUUUUUUUGUUCUGUAAUUCCUAGGGGAAUCAUUAAACAUUCACAGUGAAGAUAAUCUUACCUGGAUUCAUGUUUGCCAGGGCAAGUGAAAUGCUUCAGUAAAAGGAAUGCAAAAGAGUAAUGUAUCUUGUCAGGUGAAGAUGAGAUAUCCAAGAUGGCUGCCCUCUGGCUGCUCCACAUCCAAUUACAGCCUGAAAGAGAGUAAAGGAUCCAGUUACUAUAUGAGAGCACACUUUGAGAGAACGUCCUGUAAAACAAUGUCCUGUCCAUUUAAAAGGCUUCAUUUUAUCACAAAGACAUGGGAGAAGAGUGCCGACCUAUUGUGAGUUGUUUGUUGGUGUAAGUACAUACAUCAGUUUACACAGUUUAGGUUCUGCCAUAAAAGCUGCUUGACAUAAAUGUGACAUUUGUGAAUGUAUGUGGUUUGAACUAAAAGGUGAACUAGGUGCAGGUGCCUACCUUACCUCUCCAACAUUUACAGAGGCCUUAUGUCAAGUACUGAAAAACCUUAACCCUUCCUUUGUUUGACUGCAAUUAUAAUAAUCCCACAUACAAUAUAAUCCCUAACCUUGUAAUUGAGUAUUACACUGAACAUCAGAAGAUCAUGUUUUUGCAUGACUUUGCUUACAUUUUAUUAUCAUUUAAAUUUAGACUGUAAACAUGUGACUGUGAAGCUGUGAAAUUAUAAGACACUGGUAAUUUUGGCACCUUGGCUACUACUGCAUUAGGCAAUUAAUGUGAAGUUGAUGCUGGUUAGACAUUUAGCAGGUGUAUGUUUCAUUACGCUCACCAAACAUCAUGAUAAUUAGUAUAUCAAAGACAGCUAAUCUAAACUACUGCUACUGUUGCAACGCUUUACCAACUGGUAUGGGCUCCUAUCUAUUUCCCUCCCUCUGUCUGUCUGUCUGUCUGUCUGUCUGUCUACAGGCAGAGGAGGAGGCAGCACGCCUGGCAUCCAUGCCGGCUUGGAGGAGAGACAUGAUGAA